CCCCUCCGUCCCCGACGCAACAGACGAUUCACUCGCUUCAAAGACGAACGUACACCAGCCCCCAGCCCCCAGCCCGCCACCCUCUCUCUACUUUCCUUUGUAAUCAAUACCAAUCCAAGCACACGACCAUGGCAUCACCAGACGUACUUCCGGCCUCCGAACCGGCGAGAUGGAAAUAUCUCGACAGGAUCCGGACCCGACCGGGCCCGUUCACGAAUCCCGACAUGUUUAACGGCGAAGGGGUGGCAGCGUUCAUGGAAACGAUCAAGGUGCUGGUCAUUGGUGCCGGGGGGUUGGGGUGCGAGAUCCUGAAGAACCUCGCGCUAUCCGGGUUCAAGGACAUCCACGUCAUCGACAUGGACACGAUCGACAUCUCGAACCUGAACCGCCAGUUCCUCUUCCGCCAGGCGGACGUCGGCAAGUCCAAGGCCGAGGUGGCCGCGCGGUUCGUCGAGAAGCGGGUCAAGGGGGUCAAGAUCACGCCGCACAACUGCCGGAUCCAGGACUUUGACGAGGACUUUUACAUGCAGUUCCAGCUCGUCGUCUGCGGGCUCGACAGCAUCGAGGCGCGGCGGUGGAUCAACGCGACGCUGGUCAACAUGGUGGACGAGGAGGUCGAGGACAGCAUCAAGCCGCUCAUCGACGGGGGCACCGAGGGCUUCAAGGGCCAGGCGCGCGUCAUCAUCCCGACCGUGACGUCGUGCAUCGAGUGCCAGCUCGACAUGCACGCGCCCCGCGCCGCCGUGCCGCUGUGCACGCUCGCCAGCAUCCCGCGCCAGCCGGAGCACUGCGUCGAGUGGGCGCACGUCAUCGCCUGGGACCAGGAGAAGCCCUUCCCGCGGCUGGACAAGGACGACCCGGAGCACGUCGCGUGGCUGUACCGCAAGGCGCUGCAGCGGGCCGAGGAGUUCAACAUCCCGGGAGUCACCUACUCGCUGACCCAGGGCGUGGUCAAGAACAUCAUCCCGGCCAUCGCGGCGACCAACAGCGUGAUCGCGGCGGCCUGCUGCAACGAGGCGCUCAAGAUCGCCUCCAACUGCGCCCCCUUCCUGGGCGACAAGGACAACUACAUGAUGUACUCGGGCAACGACGGCGUCUACACGUACACGUUCAGGCACGAGCGCAAGGAAGACUGCCCCGUGUGCGGCCAGCUCGCCCGCGACCUAGCCGUUGGCCGCGCCUGGACGCUGCGCGACCUGGUCGACUCCCUGGCCGACCGCCCCGAGGCGCAGCUCAAGAAGCCGAGCGUGCGCGCCGAGGGCAAGACGCUCUACAUGCAGUCGCCCCCGAGCCUGGAGGCCCAGACGCGCCCCAACCUGGACAAGACGCUGGUCGAGCUGGGGCUGGAGGACGGGCAGGAAGUUGGCGUCACGGAUGCGGCGUUCGCGACGGUUGUCUUCAAAUUUAAGCUCAAGUUCAAAUAGAAACAAAUGAUGGGAGCAUAGAUGGCUUGGUGGUUUUCUUUUCUUUUUUUUUUUUUUUCUUUUGUUCUCGGUUUAGUUUUGUUCUAAAUCGGGCAUUUCUGCGAGGCGUCAGGCUGAAAAGGGAUAGGGAUAUACGACGACUGGAGAGAAGAAGCAUGGCAGGUUAAAACUACAUUUCAUGUC